CGCACAUGCAACCCAAGUGCACCAGGAGGCAGAGGCCAAGCCUUCAUCUUGGUGGGGAGACUGGCUUGAGGUGGAUUCAACAUGCCGCCCUGGGCGAGGUCGUCGAAUAGUUAGCGGACAGCACCGAAGUACAUUGGAUAGCAGCUCUGGACAGCACGGCUGGCAGAUCACCAGAUUUUCUCCAACUCGCGAGCCUAGUGCUGCCAGAGGCAGAGAUAGCUUGUGCAGCCUGUCGGUGUCAGCGUGGCUAUGGCCACGGCAGCUUGAGGCAACUCCUGGGAAUUCUGCAAAAAGUUCUGCGCUCGGUCGGCGACAUUCAACUCAUUCUGUUGCUCUUACUACAAAGCCGGCUUUGAAGCGUCCAUCUGUCGAAUCGACGGCAGAAGGAAGUGCAACCCGCCGAGUGUCUUUCAGCGACAUCACUGACACGAGAAGUUGAAUUCUCAAAGGCAGCAGCUGAAGUAGGAGUCCAAUCUCAAGCCCUCCGAUGAGGCUUUUGCUGCUUUCAGAGUCAAACCACAGUUCGAGGAGACGGAGUUGCCACCAAGCCUCAGAGCACAUGGUUCAAGCGCAAGAUACCACUCUGCUGGACAUCAUCAGCACCAUGCCCUGGCGACAGCGAGUCCAGCGCCCGCCAUAGACGAAGGAUUGCCCUCUGGAUCAAGUAUGGCAUAUGUGCCGCUGCGGACUCGAGCAAGUGAGGUGCAAGGUCCAGCGCAAAGCUCCCGGACCGUACUUCUCAGGAAAGUACCGCAUUACAAGAUUCGGAUCAGAAGAGCUUUCAGCCGGGCCAGAAUGCUGCAUGCGCACCAUCAUACACACCACCUUCACAAUGGACCCGUAGUGUUGGGGGAGACACCCGUCGUGGCACCAACUAUUGUGCAUAUCAAAGUGCCAGAUGUGGCGGCGAGUCCAGCUUUGGCCGCACCCUCACCGACAUUGGCUGAGCCAGCAAGUACGCCAUUGACCGCAGCAGCGUUGCAGCGACAUGAGGCACUGAUGCAGCAACCAUCUGGUGAUUCUUCCUCGGAUGCAAUGGCGUUGGCUGGAGUGCCAGCGAGCCUUUCCCUUGGCAUGAGCAUGCACCAGGGUGCCAUCUUUGGUGUGGUUUCAACAGUUGCAGUGGAGGCUAUGCAAUUGAGCUUGGCCCAGAAAAGAGGCUCAGCAGCCGCUCAAACUGCCAACCUGGCAUCUGCAGCAGCUCGUGGAGCAGCUGUGGGAGCCGCAGGAGGCGGAAUGGCUCUCCUUCUGGGACCAGUUGCCCCAACCGCAAUAUUCGUCGGCUAUGGACUGAUUCGGGAAUGGUCAGCCCAGGGCUAUGCUUGGCUUCAGAAUCAGACAACCGGCGCGCUGGCUUUGAGCCGGGCGGUGGAAGUUUCUGGUAGUGCUGCUGGGGGAGUGGCUUGCGCAAUGGCUGCUGCCACACUUCUGAGCGGCUUCAGCGGUGUAGCUAUAGCAGCUGCAGCCGGAUGCAGUGGUUUUGCCGGCAGCUUGGGUGGCCGCGAAGUGGCUGCUGUUUGCUUCCAACAUCUUUCCACUGAUUUUCCUCCCGCAGCAAAGCGCUGCAAGAGUCGUAGCUCUAAGAGCUCCAAAAGCAGAAGAAGACGUUCCUCCACUCAAUUGGUGCCGCUGGAGCCGUGGAUGUUGGAGGCAUAUUCGAUACUUGGCGUGGAUCCGCAAUGCUCCAAUGCUGAACUGAAGAGGGCUUACCGGCAAGCAGUUUUGCGGAGCCAGUCUGAGGAUAUGCCCACGUCGCAAUUUGACGAUGUGAUACAAGCUAUGGAGAGGAUUCGCGCCACACGGCAAACACCAUUGCAGCUGGAUCUCGUGCCAGAUAUUUGGCUGGAACCAGCACAGAUGACGCAGAGGGAAGAGCAUGGAGAGCAUUUCAAGCAAGGCUAUGAUCGGAGUCAUUUUGCUGGCUUUAUCGGCGGGAUGGUGGCCCAGCAAGCUGCAAUGAGUUCUGUUUAGGGAUUUCUUUGCUCAGUGAUGCUCAGUGCCUCUAGUAUGUCUCUAGGGAUUGUUCAGUCUCGUGGUUUCUAAUUGCUUGCGAUAUGUGACGGUCCGUGGUGCUUGGAAGAUCUUGGAAGCAUUCGGAUCGAGACAUGAUUUUCACGGCGCAGUGACCGCAUCACUGUGUGUGUGUGGGGGCGCCUCCGUCAGCGCAGAGCAGAUUUGCGCGAAAACAGCAUGAAUUACGCAACAAGCAGAUGACUCCGUCGACAUCUCCGUUGACUUGC